AUGUCCACCUUCAAAUCCGUGUCGCACGUGCUGUUUGAUCUCGACGGCCUGCUGUUAGACACCGAGAAACUCUACUCGCGCGCUGCGGAGAUGCUUGCAUCUAGCUAUGGCAAACAAUUUACCUGGGAGCUCGACAGGCGCGUGCUGGGCACACCAGACUUCGACGCGGCGCGCACUAUCGUCGAAUCCCUUGGCCUGCCGAUCACUCCGAGCGAGUGCAUGGAGAAACUGAACAAGAUCUGCGGGGAAUAUUACCACGACUGUGACCUCAUGCCUGGCGCUGAACGUCUCCUGCGCCACCUGAAGGCUCACGGUGUUCCCAUGGCUGUCGCGACGAGCACGACGCCUGCUUUGUUCGACCUCAAGAUGUCACGGCACCGAGACCUUGUGCCACUCUUUCACCACGUGGUCUGUACCGGCGGAGGAACGAAAGUAAAACGCGGCAAGCCACACCCAGACAUCUUCCUCCUGGCUGCGUCAAUGUUCGACGAGAAGCCGCCUUCUGAGAAGGUGUUAGUGUUCGAAGACGCUCCCAUGGGAGUCACGGCUGCUCUGGCUGCUGGCAUGCAGGUAGUUAUGGUUCCGGAUCCUCGCGUUGACGAAGAAAACCGGCGUCGAGCCACCGUGUGCCUUGGCUCGCUGCUUGAAUUCAAGCCACAAAUGUUUGGGCUCCCACCUUUUGAUGAAACCUCGCGGAAGGGCUGA